AAAUAACCCCACUCAUCAAACGACACCAUUUCUUUCCACUUACCAAAAUGACAAAACCGCUCUCCUCUUUCAACUGUACACCACUCGCCUAGUCACCUUCCCUUCUUCUGCUAAGCACUCCGCGAUCCACGUCUAUCAAAUCGCCGCCAUCUCCUCCUCUUCUCUGUGUCUAGAAAACGGCCAGCUCCUCCUGAACGGAUAUCAAAUCGCCAACUGCCUAUUCCUCUUCCUUUUCCUCUUCCCGUCUUUCUUCAUCAUAUCUUGAAAGGCAACCAAUAAAUUUCAGAUAAUCAAAACUCAAAAAGAGCCAAGCAAAAUUCUUCAAGAAAUCAAAGCUAAAUUAUCAUAUUCAUAUGCAAACCAAAAAUUGACUAAUGGAGACAUAUUCUCAGCUCCUUCGUACUAUAGAGCUCACUCCACGCCCACGCGUCUCCAGCUACCGGAGCCGCACCAACCGCCCCAACCUCUCGACUCUAACGCGCCAUUACUCCAGGAUAGGUUUUGUUUCCCAAUGGGGAAGAAGGGAAUCAGCUUGCAUUUAUGUCUCUUCUUCAGUUAAAGCUGUUUUAUUGGAUGAAUCCAAGGAAAAGGCUUACCUUUCAAAAGGCGGCAUGUGGUCGGUCCAUAAAUUUGGUGGUACUUGUGUCGGAAGCUCUGAGAGAAUAAAAAAUGUAGCAGAGAUAAUUGUUAAUGAUGGUUCAGAGGGGAAGUUGGUAGUUGUGUCUGCACUGUCUAAGGUGACAGAUAUGUUGUAUGACCUUAUCUACAAAGCACAGUCACGAGAUGAUUCUUAUAUUGCUGCUGCUGAUGCUGUUUUUGAAAAGCAUAAAUUGACGGCACUUGAUCUCCUUGAUGGGUCAGAUCUUGCUAGUUUCUUGUCUCAGUUACAGCAUGACGUUAAUAACCUCAAAGCCAUGCUUCGUGCGAUAUUCAUAGCUGGUCAUGCAACAGAAUCAUUUUCUGAUUUUGUUGUAGGACAUGGAGAGUUAUGGUCUGCUCAGAUGUUAUCAUCUGUUAUCAGGAAGAGUGGGUUAGAUUGUAAAUGGAUGGAUACAAGAGAGGUGCUUAUUGUAAAUCCUACCAGCUCUAAUCAAGUUGAUCCUGAUUUUGUGGAAUCAGAAAAAAGACUUGAAGAAUGGUUCUCUCGGAAUCCAUGCAAGACAAUAAUUGCAACUGGUUUCAUUGCUAGUACACCUCAGAAUAUUCCCACAACAUUGAAGCGAGAUGGAAGUGACUUCUCUGCAGCUAUAAUGGGUGCUCUGUUGAGGGCUCAACAAGUCACCAUUUGGACUGAUGUUGAUGGGGUCUACAGUGCAGAUCCCAGAAAAGUUAGUGAGGCUGUGAUACUGAGGAAAUUAUCUUAUCAAGAGGCCUGGGAAAUGUCAUAUUUUGGAGCAAAUGUUUUACAUCCCCGCACUAUUAUUCCUGUUAUGCGAUAUGAUAUUCCAAUCAUGAUAAGGAAUAUUUUCAACCUUUCUUCACCUGGAACGAUGAUUUGCCAGCCUUCUAUGAAUGAGAAUGAAGAUGGCCAGAAACUGGACUCUGUCAAAGGCUUUGCUACAAUAGAUAAUGUGGCCCUUGUGAAUGUUGAGGGAACUGGAAUGGCUGGUAUUCCUGGUACAGCUAGUGCCAUUUUUGGUGCUGUGAAAGAUGUGGGAGCUAAUGUCAUUAUGAUAUCCCAGGCUAGUAGCGAGCAUUCUGUAUGCUUUGCGGUGCCUGAGAAGGAAGUAAAAGCUGUUGCGGAGACCUUGCAGUCUAGAUUUCGUGAAGCUCUUGAUGUUGGACGCCUUUCACAGGUUGCCAUUAUUCCAAAUUGUAGCAUUUUAGCAGCAGUUGGCCAGAAAAUGGCUAGUACUCCUGGAGUUAGUGCUACUUUAUUCAAUGCCCUAGCUAAGGCUAAUAUAAAUGUCCGUGCCAUAGCCCAAGGUUGCUCUGAGUAUAAUAUUACUGUGGUAGUCAAGCGGGAAGAUUGUAUAAGAGCUUUAAAAGCUGUCCACUCAAGAUUUUUUCUCUCAAAAACCACAAUAGCAAUGGGGAUCAUUGGACCUGGUUUGAUCGGUGCCACAUUGCUUGAACAACUAAGGGACCAGGCAGCAGUCCUGAAGGAAGAAUUUAACAUUGAUCUGCGUGUCAUGGGAAUCAUUGGCUCAAGAAGAAUGCUUUUGAGUGAAGUUGGAAUUGACUUGUCAAGAUGGAGAGAACUUGCAAUGGAGAAUAGUGAAGUGGCUGACCUGGAGAAAUUCACGCACCAUAUUCGGAGAAACCAUUUUAUUCCCAAUACCGUUUUGGUAGAUUGCACUGCAGACUCUAAGAUUGCAACUUGUUAUUAUGAUUGGUUACGGAAGGGAAUUCAUGUGAUUACCCCUAACAAAAAGGCAAAUUCUGGGCCACUUGAUCAGUAUCUAAAGCUGAGAGCUCUUCAACGUCAAUCAUAUACUCAUUACUUUUAUGAAGCAACUGUUGGAGCUGGUCUUCCAAUUAUUAGCACUUUGCGAGGUCUCUUAGAAACUGGCGAUAAAAUCUUGCAAAUUGAAGGAAUUUUCAGCGGAACAUUGAGUUAUAUUUUCAACAACUUCAUAGGCCCAAAGUCAUUUAGUGAGGUGGUGGCAGAAGCAAAGCAAGCAGGUUAUACCGAACCAGAUCCAAGGGAUGAUCUAUCUGGAACGGAUGUUGCCAGAAAGGUGAUAAUUCUUGCAAGAGAAUCUGGUUUGAAGUUAGAACUUUCUGAUAUCCCUGUUUGAAGUCUUGUUCCUGAACCAUUGAGAGCCUGUGUAUCUGCUGAAGAAUAUAUGAAGCAGUUACCACAAUUUGACAAAGACAUGGCAAAGGAAAGACAGAAGGCAGAGCAUUCUGGGAAUGUCUUGAGAUAUGUUGGGGUGGUGGAUGUGGUGAGGCAAGAAGGACGUGUUGAGUUGCGAACAUAUAGAAAAGACCAUCCAUUUGCUCAACUCUCAGGUUCUGAUAACAUUA